GCCCAGGAUCCUCCCACCAUCUCAGCGCAAUGCUCGCUGAACUUCAGUGGAACUUCAAGAUGUUGCGUGUAAAGCGCUCCGUGAACAAGCUGCGGAAAUCAUAAAUUAUGUAUAUUUCGUCGCGACGCAUUUGAAAUGAAACAUUUUUUUCUGGGAAAUGGAGUUUCGUAAUUCCAGCGUUUUCGUCCUUGAACAGAUAUGCAAUCGAGAGUGGUUAUGUUAAGGAUCUAACUACGCCACAUUUUGUUUGUCUACCGCAUUUUACUUGGGUUCAAAGACAGAUAUCAAUAUGUCCGGGACGAGUUUAUUAGUUGUGUUAUUCUUCGUGGGAUUUAUUUCCACAUUUUCUUCUGAAUCUCCUCUUUCAUGCAAAAAUGACUUUAUAACAACAAUGAAUUGCAUACUGGAUUCCCCCAGAAGCUCAAACUGUAGCAUAUAUACCGCUGAAUUUCAAAGUUCGACAUCAUCUGGGAAAACUUACAAGUGUCCUUUCACGAGCGACAUGGCUGGGUUAUGUAGCUGCACGGUACAAAUGCUACAGUUUAUCUCCUUGGAAGUAUACAGCUUGGAUUUACUUGAAGGAAAUACGUCAAUUUAUUCAACGGACAUCACUCCAUCAUCUCACAUCAAGCCAAAUGCUCCUGAAAUAAUUUCAAUUAUCCGGCAAGAAAAUGGGAAUUAUGAUGUCAUGUGGAAGUCAGGUUAUACAAAGGAGUCAUUUUUAUCGGACUUCAUACAUGAGGUUUGCUACAAAAAGAAAGGAGAGGAAGACAAGAAAAUGACCAAUACCUCCCAGACAAAUUUUGAGAUACUAGGCAGCACGCUCGAGCAAGGCGCCGUUUAUGUGGUGAAGGUGAGAAUGUUUUCGCCUCUUUACGAAACUGAAUUCAGCGACUGGAGUCAAGAGAAAGAGUGGACUGCACCCUCCAUAGCUUUGCCGGUCGAAAGGAUUCUGGAAAUCACCAUCCCUAUUCUGUGUGUGUCUCUCAUCCUCAUCCUCUCUUUUCUGUACUGGUGCCUGCUGAGGAUAAAGGACAAGUGGUGGGAUAAAAUUCCUAACCCUUACAAAGCACACAUUAAAAGCAUGAAUGUAGGGAAGCCAAUGAUGCUUAAGCCUGAGACUGUGGACUUCAACCAGAAGUUUGACAUCGCUGAAAAGCCAAGGAAAGCUCAUCUGAUUGUUGCUGGUGAUAAGGAAGAAGACUUAUAUCCCAAGAAUCUUCUGAACUCUGAAGGAUCCUCACAAUCAGACUAUGCCCGUACCUACUCCAUCCCCCAGGGGACCACUAUUCCCGGAAACGUAAUGCAAAAUAUUCUUGAGGAGGCUUUUAAGAUUUUCGUCCCUAAAGCUUCUACGCCAGUUGUGUCUGACCUAGGAACCCAUGGCUGCUACAAAAACGUAGAUGUCACUCCAAGUAAGGAGAGUGAUAUCCGCUUGCCUAGAAACCUGUCUCCAAGCAGCCCUGAGGGUUCGGCGAGCUCCUGUGACUCACGAUACAAAAACAUCUCUUACUCUUGGGUUUCUUCACUUCGAGGGAGUAACAAUCAUGAGCUAGUGAUGAAUGAAAAGCCCUCACAUCCCAUCAAAUCCCCAGUUGCUUGCACAUUCAUCGAGGACUAUCACUCUAAUGAUAGUGAGGUUUUGAAGGUUCCGCCGGCGAAUCUGUCAGGCUUUCUCUCACCCACUAUUACCGGUGUCUUACCUCCACUCUUGCUCACAGACUCAGAGUAUCAAGCCUGUGACAGCAGUGCUGUAACUACACCCCAAGAUGCAGAAACUCCUUCCACCUGUUCGUCUAAGUUGGAUGUUGAAUUGGAGUUGCUGACUCCGCCUCCUCACUUGUGCAGAGCGGAUGAUGACUAUCAGAGCUUUAAUAAUGCCAUCAGUAAUGGCAAAGGGGUAGGAACCGGUUCGUCUCCUGAGCCGCUCAGUGUGGAUCAGAUCACUGAAGAUCUGUUAAUCUGCAGCAUAAACCCAGCAUACGCUGGCCAGCCCACUAAGAGAUGCAGUCUCGCUCCCUGUGAAGAGGGCUAUAGUCCCCUCCAAGGCCUGUCCUCAGACUCCAGUAGACAACCUUUUGAAAUCGAUGGUACCGAGAAUGGGCCAAAGGGGCACACAUGGGCACUAUCCCAAUACCCCGAAAAGCAUAUCGUUACUACUCCCUCUGGCUUGCAGACAAUGGAAAGUUGGCAUGAUCUACCUGUCCUGGAAAUUGACAAUUCUUAUCACAGGGUAUAAAGAUCUAUGAGGGCAAAUUAUGAACACUUCUGCGGAUUUGUCCUAAUGGGUCCCAGGACUGACUGGGGGUCCGGAGCCUAUGAGUGUAAGGCAGGGAAUAACCCAGGAUGGGGCGCCAAGUCAUUGUAGGGCAUACACACACAUUCACAUCUCCCGACAAUUUGGCGACUAAAUUCACCUUAGUAUCGUUUUGGGUGUUACGGGAAAUGGGAGACCCUGGAGGAAACCCCACAACAGCACGGGGGGAACCUGCACGUUCCACACACAUAGAGCUCCAACUGGUUACAGUUCUUGUAUAUAUCUAAACAAGAUGACAACCAGAAUUCUGCACUGCAUAUUCAUGUGAUUUGAAAUGCUUGUUUAUGAAAUUUUCAGUAAUAGUUAAUAUCAAUGGUCAGUAAAAAAAAGUGUAACAGGGUGUCAUUGCAAACUUUAUGAUUAUCAGACCUUUCUCCCAAUAGCUGGCAUGUGCUUGAGAUGAAGUAGCAUUUUAUUGGUACGGUUAGUACUCAAUGGAGAAUAUUCAAUGAGUGCCUUAUAUUGCAGUCACCUUUUCGCUGGAAAUUACUGAGUAUGGGUGUAGAGUGAUAAAAAGUGCUUUUUUAUUGAUUUAAGCAAAAACUUGCUUUCCUUUGCUUGUGUUUGAUUUUCAUACAUGUGUACAGAUGUCAUUUUUAUGGUCUAAUAAACGUUGAACUUUCCUA